GCCACCACACCGGUUCCCACCACUUACAAUUACACACCGGGGCCAGCCACACCCACCACCUCCACUGGGACAUCAUACCGCUCGGGCUCUAGCACCAGCGUUACCACACCUUUACCAGCAACAGACUUCGCUCCAGUGACCUGUCUGUCAAAUGACUACCAAGGAAGACAUCAGAUUUCCAAAGAGGAGCUUGAACAUGUUCUUUCACUGAAAACCACCUUUACAGAAGCGGCAUCUAUUCUUUCAAUCUCAAGGCCAACUUUCUACAAGUUACUGCAAGACCAUAAUAUCCCAACAUCAAAAUUUAAGAGCAUCAGUGAUCAACAGUUGGAUCUUGAAGUGUCACACAUAAAAACUGAACACCCAAAUGUUGGAGAAGUGAUGCUUAUGGGGCAUCUCCGCUCCAAAAACAUUGUGGUUCAAAGACAACGUGUAAGAGAUUCACUGCGAAGAAUGGACCCAAUUGGUGUCCUAGCCAGGAGAAGAACAGCAAUAGCUCGGCGAGUAUACUCUGUCCCCCAUCCAAAUUUCAUAUGGCAUGUAGAUGGAAAUCAUAAGUUGAUUAGGUGGAAAUUAGUUGUUCAUGGUGCCAUAGACGGCUACAGUAGGAUGUUGAUGUUUCUUCACUGCUCCAACAAUAAUCGUGCUGAAACUGUUAAAGACCUCUUUACUGCAGCUGUUGGACAGUUUGGCAGACCACUGCACAUCAGGACUGAUCACGGAGGAGAAAACGUUCAAAUUUGGGAGGACAUGCAUGCGAGCAGGGGGGAAGGCUCUGUAUUAACAGGAAGUUCUGUACACAACCAGAGGAUAGAGCGUUUUAAUCGAGACUUGAACAAAAACUGCAGCCAUGUUUAUGCACCCAUUUUUUAUGAACUGGAAUCCCUGGGUAUCCUAGACAUUGACAAUGCAACAGACCUAUUUUGUCUCCAUUAUGUCUUUCUACCCCGAAUCAACCGCACUUUGGAGGAAUUCAAAGCUGGAUUUAACAAUCACUCUAUAUCAUCUGAAGGAAAUAGAACACCAGUUCAGCUUUUUACUCUGGACAAUGAUUUGCCUCAUUUUCACAACCCAGAACUCUCAACAGCAGGGGUAGUUUUUUGUUCCUCACCAAACUAUCAAAGAGGAUUUUCCCCAUUGAAUGAUAGGGAUUUGCAAGAACUGAAUGAUGCCUUUAACCCUCUUCAAAAUGACAACAACAAUGGCAAAACAUUGUUUCAGAGAACACAACAGUUUAUUUUUGAUAAACUCGUAAAUGCGUGACUACUCAUAACAUGGACAACUGGGUAACACUAGCCUUUUUGUACAUUCAAAAGUACACAACACAAAUAUUGAUGUUUUGUUGUGCUUCUUGAACUACAAGAUUUAAAACCUCUUGCCAGCAUAUAGAUGUUUGAAAAUUACAUGACGGCACAUACUUGAUGUCAGUGUUAAAAAGGCUACAGACGCACUUUUGCAUCUGUUAGUUUUCUGUCAAGUCAAAAGCAAUGGGAGUGUGGAUAAAAACAAGAUGACUCAUGUUAUGUGAAAGAACAGUAAAAUACUUUUUAGGGCUCUACAGAUUGUCUACAGACAGUAUUGAUACAUAACUGAUUUCCACUACAUUGUUCCUGUUUUUUAAAGUACCUAAAUAUGCAAAGUAAAAGUACUCAAUGAAGUAAAACAAUACAUGUCAGUGUUUUAUAAUAUCUUAUAUAUUACAUACAUAACUAUUGUAUUAUUAUUAUGUAUCUCUGAGAAGAUGGCUGUUCAUAAGGUAAGAUUUUCUUGCAUUCUGCAGCUAAUCCAAAAGGUUUUGUAAAGUGAUUGUUUGAGGAGUGUGAAUUUUUUCAACAUAUGAACAAAUACAAUCUUCAGUUUAUCACAAAACAUUCAACAGCAAUAAAUCUAAAUAUGCCAGGCUUUCGAUGGUGAGGAGGGGAAUUAAAAAUUGUAAUCUGAAAAGUACUUCAAAUUUCUAUGGAAUUAUUUUAAGUAAAUGUACAUAGUUUAUUCCUUCACUACUGUUUCAUUAAAAAAAACUGUUAAUUAAAUUCAUCAACAAUCAUUGUUAAAAAAAA